GGCCCAUCUGCCCAUCGUCCAACACAUUCAUGGCCAUAUCCCAAUAGCCGUCAAUUACACAGACCAUCAUGAAGACUCAGCCACCGAGAUUCAAUUCUCCUGGAGUGUAGUCGAUGCAAUAAAGUAGUCAAUAUAAUACCAAUUGAAUAGUAUGUGGGUUAUCCGAAUAAUAUCACUCGAGUGACAAAUGCAUCAAGUGAACAAAAUAAAAUCAUUAAAUAUAGACGCGAAAGGAGAUAGUUUCAAUAAAAUUGAAAUUAAUAUUAGUCAUUAUUGUAAAUCAGUAAGGAUUAAUCGGUAAUCCACACAUAAAUCAUACUGUCAAUUCCAAGAAUGAAUUUAGUUAGUCAAUCAAAUAGUAAACCCUGGCUGUGUAAUUCUCAAACAUAAUCGAUAGUGUUCAAAUUUUUCUCAUAUAUAUAUAUUUAUUAUAAUAUAAAAAAAUUAGUGACCAAAAUUAUCAGUGAUAAUAUAGAAUUUAUUAGCUGGAAAUUCUUCGAUUAUAGUUUCGGGAAUUUCUACCGAAAAAAAUACGUUUAAAGAUUAGAAUUGAAAUUCGUUAUCACGGACAGUGAAUUUUUUUUGGAAAAAAUUGAUACGAAAUUUAUUUGUUAUUGUUGUCGUUGUUGUUGUUGUUGAUACGAAAGUGUUAAAAAAAAUCAAGAUGGCAUUCGCAGCCGCCAGGAUGAUCCUUAAGGACAAAAGAAGGAAGCCGAGUAAAGAAGAUUAUACCCCCAGAAAUAGAAGCAAGGCUCGCAGUGCCAGCACAAGUAGCUUUAGAAGCGUGAGUCAGGCUCGCAACAAACCGGCUGAUGGUCUAGGUCAUGUUAACCAAAAGGGCUUACAGGGACAAAAAGCUCCUCUGGCACCGGGACAAAAGGUAGCGCCUGGUGCUAAAGGAGCCGCGAAACCGGCACAGAAACCUUCUGCACAAAAAGGUCAGGUCAAGGUCACACCGAAAGCAGCAUCUGUUAAAACUGGCAAGAACAAAAAGAAGGGACACAAACAACAGUACGAUCUUCGCGUCACUAUCAAUUUGUCGGAGUAUGGUCUCUCAGAAGAUCAGGUUGCGGAAUUUAAAGAAGCUUUUAUGCUCUUUGACAAAGACGAAGAUGGCACUAUUACGAUGGCUGAGUUGGGUGUUGUCAUGCGAUCACUGGGACAAAGACCAUCGGAGACAGAAUUACGUGAUAUGGUGAAUGAAGUGGAUCAGGACGGAAAUGGAACCAUUGAGUUUAAUGAAUUUCUUCAAAUGAUGUCGAAGAAAAUGAAAGGUGCCGAUGGAGAGGAUGAACUACGUGAAGCGUUCAGAGUAUUUGACAAAAACAACGAUGGAUUGAUUUCCUCAAUGGAACUCCGUCACGUGAUGACGAAUUUAGGUGAAAAAUUGUCGGAGGAAGAGGUCGAUGAUAUGAUUAAAGAAGCGGAUCUCGAUGGUGACGGAAUGGUUAAUUAUGAAGAAUUUGUGACAAUCUUAACGUCGAAGAAUUAGUUCGCGGGGCGUGUAAUACUCGUCAAAACUCUCGAACCGGAAAUCGACGUUCUAACACAGAAAAACGAAGGCAAUCAAGUUCCUCUCAAUAAGAUUGUAACGAAGCGUUUUUUCGAAAUUAAAAAGUAAAAAAAAAAGAAGAACAAUGAAAGAAAGAAAAAUAAAAUACAAACUUGAGAAUACAAUAAAAUGAGAAAGAACAUCUUAAAAGGAAAUUUAAAAGCUUUCAUAUUAUAAAGAUUUGCAACAAAAAAAAAAAAAAAAGUUUUUCAGCACAAGAUGAGAUUAAAAGAAAAAAGAAAUAAAUAUAUACUAAAAUCUUUCAGUGCAAUAAUAUUUUCAUUUAAAUUUUCAUCAUUAUUAUUAUUAUUAUUGUUAUUAAUAUUAAUUAUCUACUAAAGGAACCUUCUAAAGGCAAUCUAAAUUUUUGGCGAUCAAAUGAAGAAGAAUUUUUGAAAUGUAGAUCAUCGACGAAAUAUUAAAUAGAAGAAUUAUUUUUUCGAUUUAAUUUAAGUAAGUUCUAAAAAAAAUAGUGAGAAAAACAAUGAAAGAAGAAAAUUAUAACAAGGUCGCUCCUGAAACAAUCAAUAGAGCUUUUGUUAGUACGUAUCUAUAAUUAUUAAUUACAUAAAUAUAAGUAGUUAUGCUCUUCGUAUCAUUAUAGUUAUAUAUAUUGACUCACUUCGAUCAGCGCGAGACAUAGUAAUAGGUGUUACUAUUUUUUUUCUCAAAUUAAGCAUGUAAUUCAUUAUCGAUUUCCGAAUUUAAAAAAAUUUCGUAUCUGAAAACUUCCUUUUAAUUCGAAUAAAAACUUUUUUUAAUUGUUUUAUUUAUUAUUAUGAUAAUUUAUAGACGGGCUAUUACUUUUAACAUUAUUUUACCUAUU